AUCAAGCCUGUCCUUACUUGUGUGUCCACAAGUAGUGGUCACCAAAGUCUCUUUUCGUACCUGAAAAAAUAAACUCUCGAGGCGUUCAUUGUGUGUGAGUCGCUGUUCUUCUCCGAGAUCAGCUCCGCCAAACCACCCCUCAGCCCCUCCCCGUCCCCUUACUCCGUACAGAGCUCGUUAUCUCACGGAGCACACCGCCCACCAGCCAUUGAUCCCUGACUCCUUGGCCCUCGUGCUUUAAUCUCGGUCUUUCUCUCUGUUUCCCUUGCAAUCGCAGGUUGAGAUUGACGUCCCCCGAACUCGCAUCACCUUCCGUUCCUACCAUGUUAUAGCCUGUUCACUGACUGAUUACGGCCACCCCUGAAUGGUUAUUAGUCCAGUGAUUCUCAUCCCAAACUGCCCGCCUACCAUGGCAUUUAAAAACGGACUUAGUGAACGCCUCGACGAGCUGCGAUUCCCCUCUCCACGAUCACCUCCCUCCGAAUCUCCAUUUCCUGGCUACAAUGCGCUCUCUCCGACCCAUUCGAACUUCGUGUCGGCGUUUUCGCGUCCAUCCGGUGACGUUCGUGCCAAUCUCCAACGCCGCUUCACAACAGACUCGAGUAAAGUGUCCUCAUGGAACUAUAUGAAUGGUGUUGGUGGGGGUGCACCGGCGGCGGACCCUCUAGAUCUCCUUUCAUCGGUGAGUCUGGUAUCUUUCCUGGAUAUCCUUGUUGUGACCUGGUGUUUUGUUCCUAUGCAAUCACGUUCGACCAAGCGGUUCCGGUACUAUGACUGUUUGUUAAACACUCAUGUGCCGUGUGCUUGCAAGCAAGGCCUUUGUUCCUGCCCUGUGUGGUGAUUAUUGGCUGUAUUUGCAGUUCAUGAAGCGGUUCUUACAACCACUUAACUGUCCUUUCCUGUACUCGAACACCCACUUCUUGUCUGUAGACAAGCACCGCUUUCCCUACUCUGAUGUAUUAUAAGCCCAGCGCAUGUCCUCAGAUCUCCGUGUUCUUGGCAUGCGAAUCAUCGUGUUCUUGCAUUCUCGCGUUCUCUUGUGCUCGGCGCUCAGAGGUGC